CCAUAAUUAAGAAGUUGAAUUUGUCCAAUGCAUGAUUUAAAAGGUUCUCUGGUGUUCUCUUUCCUUUGACGUGUGUCUCUCCAACUCCCCAGAUUCCACCCUCGCCCAAUCCUUACAACCUCUCCUUUCCUACCGCCACAAUGACGAGCAUCCGCAAAGUCAUAAUCUCCCAAUACGGCGACGUCGACGUGAUCAAAGUCGUCACCGAUGUCUGCCCACCACCACCGCCAGGCGAAAUCCAAAUCGCCACAGAAUACUCAGGCUUCUCCGGUGCCGACGUCAACAUGCGCAAGGGCAUUUACCCCUUCAUGAAGAAAGCGCCCCUAACCCCGGGCUACUGCCUUGUUGGCACCGUCCGCGCCCUAGGCGAAGGCUCCAAGAACUUCCAAAUCGGAGACGUCGUCGCCGUCCUGACGAAGUACGACUCCGAGGCGGAGCUGGUCAACCAGCCGGAGAAGUACUGCAUCCGCGUCCCCGACGGCGUGGAUCACCGCCAGGCGACCGCUUUGAUCUGCGAUUGGAACACCGCGUACGGCAUGGUGAUGCACUCGGCGCGGGUGUCCAAGGGCCAGCGGGUGUUUGUCCACGGGAUGAGCGGCGCCGUGGGGUACGCCCUCAUGAAGCUCGCGCAGCUGCAGGGCGCGACAGUCUACGGCACCGCGAGCCAGCGCAACCACAUUGACGUCCGCCGCGAGGGCGGGAUCCCCUUCGUCUACAGCGACAAGAACUGGAUGAAGGAGAUGAACGCCCUCGGAGGCGCGCAUGCAGUCUUUGAUCCGCUCGGCUUCGAGAGCUUUGACGAGAGCUACUCCAUCCUCGCCGAGGAUGGCACGCUUGUCGGAUUCGGGAAUAACAAGGCGUCGUUGAAUGAGGGCGCGCCCCCACGGAACCCGACGGGUGCGCUGUUGAAGCUGUUUGCGAGGAACUUGAACCUGUUGACGAAGAGGAGCACGACGUUCUAUGCGUUGAACAGGGACUCUACGACAUAUGUACCUAAUGUCACGGCGUUGUUGGAUAUGUUGAGAACGGGGACGAUUACGGUGCCGAUCAAGUGUGUUUGGGACAUGGAGGAUAUCCAGACUGCGCACCGGCAGUGGGGUGGUGGGAGUGGCGUUGGAUCUUUAUUGAUCAAGGUGGCCAAGAAUUAGAGCCUUGGUUGUGCUCGUCGUGGGGUUUCCGGAGGGAUUCUUGUCUCUAUUUACGACUGAGGAAGCAUAUUUGAUAUUGAGGAGUCUGGGUAGAGUCCGUAGUUUAAUUUCGAGAAGACCAGGUCUUCGUCCGUACUCUGUACGGUGCUAUAGCUGUUAUUUCCAUAUAUCGAGGGGAAUGAGAAACAAUUGGACCCACGAGUGCUAAAGCCCCCAGUUCAAGGCUUCAAUCCCAACUUGGAAAUACUCGCCUUUCUUUACAAACUGUCAUCCAGGGAGAGUUUCCAUCAACGUAGCGCCCGGCCCUCCACUAUCCGGCUCCGGCCCCACCAUAUUGGUUUACGUUCGACUGAUGUCGCGAUUUAAAUCGGUCUACACUAGAUCCGAUAGA